UCCGAGAACCGGAGCCUAGCGAGGGGCUGUGGUUGCGGCGCAGCCUCUGUGGGCGCCAUGAGCUUGGCCGGGGGCCGCGCCCCGCGGAAAACCGCCGGGAACCGGCUCUCUGGGCUCUUGGAAGCAGAGGAGGAAGAUGAGUUCUACCAGACGACCUACGGGGGUUUCACUGAGGAAUCUGGAGAUGAUGAGUACCAAGGGGACCAGUCUGACACAGAGGACGAGGUGGACUCUGACUUCGACAUUGAUGAAGGAGACGAGCCAUCCAGCGAUGGAGAAGCCGAGGAGCCAAGGAGGAAGCGCAGAGUCGUCACCAAAGCCUAUAAGGAGCCACUAAAGAGCUUGAGGCCCCGAAAGGUCAGCACCCCAGCAAGUAGCUCUCAGAAGACCAGAGAGGAGAAGACACUGCUGCCACUGGAACUACAGGAUGACGGUUCUGACGGUCGGAAGUCCAUGCGUCAGUCCACGGCUGAGCACACACGACAAACAUUCCUUCGGGUUCAAGAGAGGCAAGGACAGUCCCGGAGGCGAAAGGGUCCCCACUGUGAGCGGCCACUAACCCAGGAAGAGCUGCUCAGGGAGGCCAAGAUCACUGAGGAGCUCAACUUACGUUCACUCGAGACCUAUGAGAGGCUGGAGGCUGACAAGAAGAAGCAGGUUCACAAGAAGCGCAAGUGCCCGGGGCCAGUCGUCACCUAUCACUCGCUGGCCGUGCCCCUCGUAGGGGAGCCUGCGCCCAAGGAGGAGAAUGUGGACGUGGAAGGACUUGACCCUGCGCCUGCGUCCUCUGCGUUGACUGCACGCGCCGGGCCUGGGCCUGCCAUCACCCCUGCCGUCGCCCCUGCUUACUGCUCACGGACCUUUAUCACAUUCAGUGACGAUGCGACAUUUGAAGAGUGGUUCCCCCAGGGGCGACCCCCAAAGGUUCCCAUACGGGAGGUCUGUCCAGUGACCCAUCGUCCCGCUUUGUACCGGGACCCUGUUACAGACAUACCCUAUGCCACUGCUCGAGCCUUCAAGAUCAUCCGUGAGGCAUACAAGAAAUACAUUACGGCCCAUGGGCUGCCGCCCGCUGCCUCAGCGCUGGGCCCUGGCCCCCCACCCCCCGAGCCACUCCCCGGUGCUGGGCCCCGAGCCUUGCGUCAGAAAAUUGUCAUCAAGUAGAGAGGUGGGCAAGUUCCUCUCAUGACCCAGCCUUGACUGAUCUCUGUUCUGUUGUUUUCAUCAUUUCCUCCCUAGUUUAU